AUGAAUCCGAAUUGGGUUAAAAAAUCCUCUCAUCACACUGAAAUACCCUCAAAUCAGGAUGGGACUCAUCACACAUUGGUGGAGCCAAAACCGACACAAAAGUCUAUGCAAGAGACAAGCGAUAGCACUCAUAACAGAAAAGCCUGCGGGACGAUCUCGGAUACUUUUGAGCCUAGACCCAAAGUGCAAUGUGCAGCCGAUGUCAAGGUCGUCCCAAAGUGCAAUCUCAUCCAUGACCUUGACCCGAGCGACCUUGAAUGCAUCAGACAAGCCAUGGAGCACACAUCAAGGACAAUUAGGGAGAUACCCUUUCCUGAAAACGCGUACGUUCUGCGUCCGGACUUCACACACAUUGUCAAUGUCUUCGCAAUUGUUGUACGUCGCAUCAUAGCCUUCGCAAAAACAUUCCGAGAAUUUCGGGAGUUGCAGAUCGGUGAUCAGUUGUCUCUGCUAAAGGGGGCGACACUCGAAGUUAUGAUGACACGGAGUGCUACAACUCUCAUUUACAAGAAAACUAAAGAAGGGUUCGUGUGGAUGUUGGAAAACGGCAAGUACUUACUGUCACAAGACGAUCUCAAACACGCGUUUGAUAGCAACCUCUACGAAAGCCACAUGAGCUACAUUCUCUCUUUAAUGAACCUUAAAGUAGACGACACAACCCUGGUUCUACUUACUUGUGUAAUUCUCUUCUCUCCCGAUAAUGAGGAAUUAUGUGACGCCAAAAAAGUGGAGACAGUGCAAGCAAGUUAUGUCAACUUAUUGGAGAAGUACCUUCAUUGCACUUUUGGUUGCGCGCGCGGCAAAAAGCUCUUUCCAAAGUUGUUAGUCUUACUGUGUAACGCGCAUGAAGCAAGUUAUAAUUACAGUAAGUCAGUUCUUGAAACAAGUAAGGAGCAGAUUGAACCCAUCAUGAAAGAGUUCUUCGAUGUGGUCUAA